UUUCAGAGAGCCUACUCUGCUUGGAUUGGUCAGAUGUCCCAGUCUGUUGUGAUUGGUCUACUGCUUAGUGUAGUGUUUGAGGGCGGGUCAAAGCUGUUCGUGAGCAGCCAAUGAAGACCAGAGAAAAUCUUUAAUGCACCUAAGGAUGGAUUUUAUUUUUGUUGUCUCGAACAUCAUUCUAACCCUGACAUUCCAAGUUCAGUGUGGCAAAAUCCUGGUGUUUCCUCAUGAAGGCAGUCACUGGGUGAACAUGAAUGUUUUGAUUCAGGAGCUUCAUUCCGUUGGUCAUCACGUCACAGUGUUACGGGCCCUCGACAGCUGGUACAUCUCGGAGGAAUCGCCUCACUACGUCUCCAUGACUGUUCCCUUUUCACUGGGUGGAGAUGAGGAAUUCUACAGUAGUUUCGUUUCUAGACAGCUACAGAUCAAGAGGCAGGGACUUUCUGCAUGGACCAGAUUCAGUUUGGACAUGGAACUCAAAGACAGUUUUUCUGAAAUGCACAGGAAGAUCUGUGAAAUGGUGAUCCAUAUAAUCGAGAAAGAUCCUGUCCUGGUAGAAAAACUGAAGGAGGCCAAUUUUGACUUGAUGUUGACCGAUCCAGUCAACGGAGGGGGUGUUGUGCUUGCACAUUAUCUCCACCUACCAAUCGUCUUCAAUGUCCGCUGGACGAUACAUGGAGAGGCACAUUUCGGAAUAGCUCCAUCCCCACUCUCAUAUGUUCCGUACCCGCUGUCUCAGUUGACUGAUAACAUGACCUUUCUUCAGAGGACGUACAACAUGCUGUUCUACGGCAUUCGUAUUUUCCUUUACAAGCGCAUUGUUGGCCCUCAUUAUAGUGCUUUGUGCAACCGUUAUUUUGGCUCUGAUUUAGACUAUUUUGAAUUAUUUCAAGCAGCUGAUAUUUGGCUGAUGAGGGUGGAUUUUGUCUUUGAGUUUCCACGUCCAACGAUGCCCAACGUGGUUUAUAUCGGUGGUUUCCAGUGUAAACCAGCAAAAGACCUCCCAAAGGAUCUUGAGAAUUUUGUAAAAAGUUCUGGAGAACAUGGAGUCAUCAUUAUGUCUUUGGGUACAUUGGUUGGACAGCUUCCAAUUGACAUCGCAGAUGAAAUAGCUGCUGCAUUUGCUCAGUUUCCACAAAAGGUGAUUUGGAGAUACACAGGAGAGCGACCUUCUACUCUGGGUAACAAUACUUUAUUGGUCAACUGGUUUCCACAGAAUGAUCUUUUAGGACAUUCAAAGACCAGAGUUUUUGUGUCUCAUGGUGGAACUAAUGGUCUAUUUGAAGCCAUUUACCAUAGUGUUCCAGUUGUAGGGUUACCACUUGUUUUUGACCAAGAGGAUAACCUUUCAAAAAUGAGAUAUAAAGGUGUAGCAAAGGUUUUGGACAUUGCGACUAUAGAUAGACAUGUAUUUAAAAAGGCGUUACAGGAAGUGCUUAAUGAACCGUCCUACAAGAAAAACAUCCAGAGACUGUCCAGUCUCCAUAGAGACACUCCAUUAAAACCACUCGACAGUGCCCUCUUCUGGAUUGAGUUUGUCAUGAGACACAAAGGUGCUGCUCACCUGCGUACAGACUCUUAUAAAAUGCCCUGGUACUCCUACUACAGUGUAGAUGUUGUAGUGUUCUUGGUGUUAAUUGUGUCUUUGGUUGUUUGUAUUAUAUUUAACAUGAUAAGAUUAUUAUGUCGCUGGUUGUGUGUAAAACGAAACAGAACAAAACAAGAUUGAGUCUGAACACUGGUUUGUUUACAAGGAAGAAUAUCAUCCUAACUCUUGUAAGGUUGUGCAGAGCAUUCAUAUACAGGCCUGUUGUUUUGUUUGGUUACAGUGAUUCUGAGCACAAACGUUUUUCACUAAUUAAAAUAAUUUAUAAAUUAAAGCUUUCAAACUUUAACAUAAUUAGAAUUGAUACAAUUGGGCUUAAACUGUAUGAAUAUUUUAAGUAUUUUGACUAUUUAUUUUACAUUUUGACUAUGUGCUUAAUCUUAAAACAAUGGGUCACCCUAAUAAUUCUAAUUUUCUCAUUUACUCAACUUUUUACAGUCUCAUACUCGUAUGACUUUCUUUCUUCUCUGGAACACAAACAAAGAUAUUUUGAUGGAGGUAUGUGCUGUUUUUUUUUUUUUUUUUGUCCAAAAAAAAAAAAAAAAAAGAAGGAGGAAAAAAGGUAAUCAUACGACUCAACUGGUUUAAUCCUAAAGCAAUCCAAUCGGGUUUGGGUGAAAAAUUUACUUUUCAUUGUAAAUCUUGAAAUCUGCAGUCUCCUUGGGGCAGUCAUGGUUUGAUGCUCAAUUACCCUUCAUUGAACUUGAUGCAUGUGCAGAGCAUGUGUAUAUGCACAGAGCGCUUGUACAAGUGCGCAUGUGUCAAGCGCAAGGAAGGGUAAACAAGCUUUAAAUCAUGAUUGCACCAAGGAGACUGCAAUGUCAUCAUUUAUAGUGAAAAAAGUUGUAUUUCCUCAGAAAACAUGGAUUAAACCACUUGAGUUUUAUGGAUUACCAUUUGUCUCUGUCUUUUUGUAGCUUGAAAGUGUUGGACCCCAUUAUUUUGCAAACGCCUCAUUAAAAUAUCUUUGUUUGUGUUCCGCAGAAGAAAGUCAUACGAGUUUAAGAUGGUGUAGCAGUUAUUAAAUGAUGAGAGAAUUAAUAAUUUUUUGGGUGAACUAUUCCUUUGAAGUCAACAUGAAAUGGCAUUUGUGAGCAAUUGUACUUCUAUAAUGACAUAUUUCCAAGUCAAACAGGAUUGUCAUAAUAAAAAAUAAAAAAGCAGA